AUGGCGAGAACUAAGAAAACACCGCGACGACAAAAAUUUGUAUUAAAUUUACUACGUCAAACACGUCGACGUCGAAAACGUAAACCCAAAUCGCAAAGUAUUCGAAAAUCUCAACAAUGUGUAAGCAAUACACAAAAAGAUGCACGUUGUCAUAAACGAACAGCGCACACGGAAAAAUGUUGGAUUCAUUUAGCAAAGCAAAAUAAUCUACGCAUUAAACCCUCUAAUGUGGCAGGUGCAGGCAAGGGAUUAUUUGCAUGGAAAAAACCCAUCACACGAGGAAAAUUGAUUUCAAAAUAUACCGGUCGUAAAUUAAGUAAAAAAGAAUUGGAUAAAAAAUAUGGGGACGCUGUUGCAAAAUAUGCCGUAUGCAAUAAACGAGGACGAUGUGUUGAUGCCACAUACACUACAGACGCAGCAGCACGGUUUGUUAACGAUAGUCGAGGUACAUCUUUUCAAAACAAUGCCAAAAUAAAGGGUAAUCAAAUGUUUAAAUUAAAAGCGACUAAAAAAAUACCCGCUAACCAGGAAAUAUUCACUUCGUACGGAGACGAAUACUGGUCAUAA